GAAUUUGCUUUGCCGAAGACUGAACCGUCGAGGACUUUGAACAACUACUCAAAAUCAAAUUUUUUUUCUUCAAGUAAUGGACAUUUGAUUACUAUUUUUGCCUCCAGUUUGUUCCUGAAGGAAAGGCUAACGUUAGCUUUUAGCUAUCACAGCCCCACCCAUAAGAGGUCUUUGAGUUAAUAUUAAAGCCAUGAAGGUUGACGAUAUGAAAUUGAUGAAAUAAGAGAUAUAAGUGCCUGAAAAGCACAUUCUAAUACACCCGAGACGCUGAGGAUCUAUAGUAUCAAUAACAUGGCAGGGGAACCAGUGGACCCCAGAGAGAUUUUGAAGGGUGUGGAGGCUCUGCUGGGGAAGGAUGGAGAGCUGCGCAGCCUGGAGGGAGUCCCAAAGGUGUUUAGCCUGAUGAAAGGUUCUACUAAAAUGGUCAGUAGAUGUAUGUACCUGAACAUCCUCCUGCAGACUAAAUCCCAUGAUGUGCUCAACAGGUUUAUCCGAGUCGGUGGCUACAGGAUGCUCAACUCCUGGCUCACCUAUUCCAAAAGCACCAACAACUCCCCCCUGUUGCAGCUCAUCCUGCUCACACUGCAGAAGCUGCCUCUCAAAGUGGACCACCUCAAACAGAACAACACAGCCAAGCUGGUGAAGCAGCUCAGCAAGAGUGCAGAGACCGAAGAGCUGAGGAAGCUGGCGUCUGUACUCGUAGAUGGCUGGAUGGCUACGAUCCGCUCUCAGAGUGUCUCGAGCAGCAGCAACUCUCCUGCUGAUAAGAAAAAGAAGAAAGAAGAAAGCAAGGUGCUGGUGCGGGAUGUGAAAGAAAAGAGUGGAGAUGAGGAGAAGAAGAAGGAGAAACCUAAAGCUCAUGCACCCAGCCACACAAAGAUUCGCUCCAUAGGACUGGAGAUGGACACUCCCAACGUGGCUCCUGUUAAGAAGACGCCCACUGCCCCACAGCUGGGUGACAAGUACAACAUCAAGCCUCCAGUCCUCAAGAGGCCAAGCACUGGUUCGUCAGAUGCUCCUCCUCUGGAGAAAAAGUACAAACCUCUGAAUACGCCCUCCAACUCUGCCAAAGAGAUCAAAGUCAAGAUCAUUCCAGCACAGCCGAUGGAGGGCACAGGCUUCUUAGAUGCCCUGAACUCUGCCCCAGUGCCCGGGAUCAAGAUCAAGAAGAAGAAAGCUACUGCAAGCACUACAGCUAAUACCAAGGUGGUCUCCCCCACCUCUAACAAGCCAAGUCCAUUUGACAGCAAACCCUCUGCGUAUUCAGCAUCCUCCACUAAACCAUCAUCCCCAGAGAGUGCUGCUUCCAUCACUCCUACUGAUGAGAACCAGGAGCCAGAGCAGCCUGGGACCCCCGUCCCCUCAGAGGACACCGAGCUUUCUGACAACGGUGAGAAACCGAAUGCUCUGGCAGAGCCACGUGGAGAAGAAGAGAGCUUGACCAAGAAGGGCAAGAAGAAGAAGACGGUGCACUGGGCUGAGGAGGAGCAGCUCAAACACUACUUCUACUUUGAUCUGGAUGAGACAGAGAGAGUCAACGUCAACAAGAUUAAGGACUUUGGUGAGGCCGCUAAACGAGAGCUGAUGAUGGACAGGCAGACAUUUGAGAUGGCCCGCAGGCUCUCGCAUGACACCAUGGAAGAGAGGGUCCCCUGGACACCGCCGAGGCCCUUGACGCUGACUGGCAGCCUGGUCACGCCAGGGGCCAACAGCACAGAGAAACUCACCCAGAGAGACCGUGAGAUGGGCAUCCUGCAGGAGAUCUUCCUCAGCAAAGAGAGUGUGCCUGACAGUCCACAUGAGCCAGACCCUGAGCCGUAUGAGCCCAUGCCUCCCCGUCUCAUCCCUCUGGAUGAAGACUCGUCCAUGCUGGAUGACAGCUACGUUGAGCCUAUGGAUACGUCCUCACAGCAGGGUUCUGGCUUGACUCAGAGCGAUAGCUCCAAGCUGCCGCCUGUCCUCGCCAACCUCAUGGGCAACCUGAGCAACAGCUCCCGCAGUCCACAGGCCACAAACACUGUCAACAACCCCGCGGCUCCCAGUGUCAACGUACAGGAGCUGCUCACUUCUAUCAUGGGUGCUUCUGGUAACCAGUCUACUGAAGAGCUCAUCAAGCAGCCCAACUUCUCAGACAAGAUCAAACAGCUCCUGGGCUCCCUGCAGCAGACCCAGAACCAGAGCCAGGGUGGGCCUCCACCAGUCAACCCAGGUUUGCUGGGUCAUGGUCCAGGCAUGAACAACAUGAACAACAUGAACAUGCACAUGCAGAUGCCCAUGAACGGGGGCUACCCACCCAACAACCCGCCUGGUGGCCCUCGCUUUAACCACCCUCCACCUCCUCACAACCACGGUCCACCUUUCAACUCUGGUGGAGGCCCACGCAUGAUGGGACCGCCGCCGGGCCAGGGCCGAGGAGACAACGGUAACUACUGGGGAGACGACUCUAUGAGAGGAGGGCCUCAUAGAGGGGGCCACUUCCACAGAGGUGGACGGGGCCGAGGAGGAGGAGAGCAGGUCUUCAGGGGCAGAGGACGAGGGGGGCCUAGAGGAGGACACAACAACAUGAAUGACAUGUCCAAGAGACCUGUGUGUCGUCACUUCAUGAUGAAGGGAAGCUGCAGGUAUGAGAGCAACUGUGCUUUCUACCAUCCUGGUGUAAAUGGACCACCACUUCCCCCCAACCACCCUGCCAACAACCAACACAACCAGCACCCUCAGCAUGGACACUAGGUGACACAGCAUGGACACUAGGUGACACAGCAUUGUCAUUGACAGUGCUGCCAACCCGGGGACAACUCUUAAAAGUGCAGGCCUGUGGAGGAGGCACUCUCUGUGAGCACACACGGCAGGCUGUGUGAGAACUCAGAGAGACGGACGUGUCUUUGGAGUCAUGGUACCUUGCCUGUGAGAGACAAGAGCAGAGAGGAGCUUGAAGAUGAUCACUGAGAGGGCUGUGUGUUUUUAUUGGGAUCAGUUUUUAACAGUGGGAUUGAAAGAAGCCACCACACGUGACCACUCUGUGUGAGCUGCUGCAGCCAGCUGUCUGUGCCAUCACUUUCCACAACAUUGACAUGCUCGACCAAAUUGAAGCGUCCCCCCCUCAACAGGAAGCUUUCCACUUGACUGAACUCCCCGGUGAUUCUGACCGUCAUGUGAUGUUGCGCUCAGAGCCUCUUAGCUUUUGGUACUUGGUGGUUCAGGUUUGUACAGAAGAGUCCGAGAGGUUUUUCCUUCUUACACCGUUCUGAAAUGUGAGACAAAAAAGUAGGAAGCACUUUACAAAGACAGAGGCCACAGCUGGAAAUUAUUCAAGCUGGACCUGAAGAAGAGCUGCACAAUGUUCAAAGUGCUUUAUUUCAGCCAGUCCGAGGCAAGCUAAAGAAAUGAACUGUGCUGAGGAAGGCCUUGCUUUUUCUUUUCUUUCCACAGCUGGUUUUGAAUGUAAACAGAUUAUGAAGAACAACAGCAGUGUGUGUUAUCAUAUGUAAGCUUUCCCUCUACACUCUGCUCCAGCAGCUCAUCAUCCGACCGUCAGUGUGUGUGUGACGUGACAAUCAUGAGCGUCAGACACACCUUGGUCCUGUCAAAGUGCAGCUCGUGCCUGAUCUCAGAGCUGCUCCCUUGUCUUCUGUCCUCCCAUAGGAACCCAGCUGGGGUUUAUAUUGUCAGUGUUAAAGAGUCACAUGACUGGCUCAGUUCGAUUGAGUGUUUUCUGUGAAAACAAUGACCUUGGCGUCUCUUGUGGGACUGUAAGAAUGUAAUGUUUGUGUUGCUCCCUUCACCCUCCAUUUUUUUAUUUUGAUGUAAUCCUGAGGAUGUUGGCCCUCCUUCAGACGGGUUCAGCUCUUUGUCUGUAUGAAAUGUUUGUAUGAAUGCACAGAGCACAUUCAUACACUGUCAUAUUUUCUGUUGAAUUUUUUUUGUACAGUGUUUUGAAUAAAUGUCCAAACAUAAA